AUGCCAACAGGUUCUGCUGUGGAGGUGACCGCCCUCAUUAUAGCCUGGGCCUCCACAUCCGCCAACUGGACCUCUCCUCAUCCGUCAGCUGGACCUCUCCCCAUCCACCAGUUAGACUUCUCCCCAUCCUUCCGCUGGAACUCUCCCAAUCCGUCCGCUGGACCUCUCCAAAUUCGUCAGCUGGACCUUACCCCAUCCGUCCGCUGGACCUCUCCCCACCCGUCUGCUGGACUUCUCUAUAUCAGUCCGCCCUCUCCCCAUCCGUCAGCUGGACCUCUCCCCAUCUGCUGUUGGACCUCUCCCAUUCUGCAACUAGACCUCACCAUCCGUCCGCUGGACCUCUCCAUAUUUGUCCGCCCUCUCCUCAUCAGUCAGCUUGACUUCUCCCCAUCCGUCCGCUGGACCUUACCUCAACCGUCAACUGGACAUCUCUUCAUCCGUCAACUGGACCUCCUUUCAUCCGUCAACUGGACCUCUCUCCAUCCGUCAGCUGGACCUCUCCCAAUCCGUCAUCAGGACCUCGCCAUAUAUGUCCACCCUCUCCUCAUCCGUCAGCUGGACCUAUCCUCAUCCGUCCGCUGGACCUCUCCCAAUCAGUUAGCUGGACCUCUCCCCAUCCGUCCGCUGGACCUCUCCUCAUCCCCACCCCAUCCGCCACCUGGACCUCUCCCAUCCGUACGCUGGGCCCCUCCUCAUCCGUCAGCUGGACCUCUCUUCAUCUGUCAACUGGACCUCUACUCAUCCAUCAGAUGGACCUCUCUCCAUCCGUCAGCUGGAUCUCUCCCCAUCCGUCAGCUGGACCUCUCCUCAUCCGUCAACUGGACCUCUCCUCAUCCGUCAGCUAGACCUCUCUCCAUCCGUCAGCUGGACCUCUCCCAAUCCGUCAGCUGGACCUCUCCCCCAUCCUUCCGCUGGACCUCCCCAAUCCGUCAGCUGGACCUCUGCCCUUCCACCAGCUUGGAUUCUCCAUCCACCAGUUGGACCUCUCCCCAUCCUUCCACUGGACCUCUCCCAAUCCGUCCGCUGGACCUCUCCAAAUUUGUCAGCUGGACCUCACCCCAUCCAUCCGCUGGACCUUUCCCAAUCCUUCAGCUGGACCUCUCCCAAUCCUUCAGCUGGACCUCCGCCCAUCCGUCAGUUGGGCCUCCCAAUCCGCUAACUGGACCCCUCCUCAUCCGUCAGCUGGACCUCUCUUCAUCCGUCAACUGGACCUCUCCUCAUCCAUCAGAUGGAUCUCUCCCCAUCCGUCAGCUGGACCUCUCCUCAUCCGUCAACUGGACCUCUCCUCAUCCGUCAGCUAGACCUCUCUCCAUCCGUCAGCUGGACCUAUCCUCAUCCGUCAGCUGGACCUCUCCCAAUCCGUCAGCUGGACCUCUCCCCCAUCCUUCCGCUGGACCUCCCCAAUCCGUCAGCUGGACCUCUGCCCAUCCACCAGCUUGGCUUCUCCAUCCACCAGUUGGACCUCUCCCCAUCCUUCCACUGGACCUCUCCCAAUCCGUCCGCUGGACCUCUCCAAAUUUGUCAGCUGGACCUCACCGCAUCCAUCCGCUGGACCUCUCCCAAUCCUUCAGCUGGACCUCUGCCCAUCCGUCAGCUGGGCCUCCCAAUCCGCCAACUGGAUCUCUCCUCAUCCGUCUGCUGGACCUCUCCAAUCAGUCAGCUGGACCUUACCUCAACCGUUAA